CUGCAGUCUGUGCUUCUUCCCCAGAGCUUCUGAACAGUCAUUUUACCAGAUACAUCACUGGCGCUCUGCAAAAUAUCCAUUGUAAAAUUUAACGUCUGCCACCCCUCUUGUCUGCAGACGUACAGUGAAAUCUUGUCAAAGAACACUUUUGACAGACAACCUCGUGUUAAGAGGCUGACCUGAAGUACCCUUUGUAUUUGUAGUCCGGUCUUCAUUGUCCUUUUCUGGAAAGCUGCUUCUGCUGAGCCACUGAUCUGUGUAGGUCCUUCAAAGGGUUGUUUGGCCCAGACCGUCUGAAGAGUUUCCCAGGUUUUUUUAAUUUUUAAUUCCUGCUUCUCUGGGUUUGACUUAGCCAAUUCAUUUUUAUAUUUGAAUCUCUUCCUUGGUAGGCUCAUGUAGUAUCUGUUCCAUGGUGCUGCUGUGCAAAGAAACAGUCCUUAAGCUCUGUUUCUUUCACAGCGUACUUGCUGUGCCUUGAAUACUGAUUGGACUAGGGAAUGUGGUUUCCAGUCACGAGUGGGUGCUCAUUUAUGGAAGAAGUUUGGGGCAGAAAUAGCCUAACAUAUCAUGGUGAGUUACUUUCUGAGUUUGUAUGCAGCUGAAAGCUUUUUUUGAGAUAUGAAGGUGGUGUAAGGCAAUGUGGUUACCGUUUUCAGUGGCAAGGACAUCAAGGGAGCUGCAGGUAGAGUGCAUUGCCUCUAGGAGCUGUGGGCCAACCUCUGCAGUACUUUUUUGAUGAAGCAGGAGAUUUUGUUCAUAUUUCUAUUUAUAUGGCACUUAGGGACAUGGUUUAGUGGUGGAGUUGGCAGCGUUAGGUUUACAGUUGGACUUGAUGAUCUUAAGGGUCCUUUCCAACCUAAAUGAUUCUAUGAUUUCUGAAGAAUUUCCCAUAAUAUCAAUGGUUUUGUUUUAAUGUGUACUUCUUUUCCCUGGAUGAUGCAUGUUCUUUGCAAAGGAGAAGACAAGUCAGAGAUUUGUAAAGGCUUCUACCUAUAAUAAUCUAGGCAUCUUUGUUUUGGCAUGUAAAGUACUGUAUUUCCUUGUACUCUUCAGUAGCAACUUGCAAUGUAAGUUGCAGUACGAAUAAAAGACGGCGACUGUACUGCAAGAGGCUGAAGUGAGAAGUGGUAAUUAGAUGCUAAUUACUCAUGGGUAUAUUGGUUAAGAGUUGUAGAUUCAGUUCUCAAUACUCAAGGAAAUAAUCUUUGAGCCUUGCCUCUUUGCCAUGUAUUUGCUGUGGCUGGAACACUGAAUGGAUUUAGAUAGUUCCUAGUCGUGAGCUGGUUCACUUGUGGGAGAAGUAAUUAUCUGUUCAGUUAUCGCAAGCCAGUCUGAUUAUUGGAGAUGAUGUGUGCUUAUGCCGUAUGAUUAAGAUUUCUCAGGCUUUCAGGUUUAAGCCAUCAUAGGCUUUAGUUGCUGAAUGGAGAACAGUGAGGGGGAAUCCCAUAUCAUUUGGGAAUUGCCUGUCUGUCUGUCUCUAGACUUAAUGGAUGAAAACCUGUAUACCCUGCAGAUCUGGGGUGUCGUGCAAAUUGGGCACUUUGUCUGGGGAAUAUGUACAGAGCUGUGCUACUGCUUGUAUACUGGGAAUUGCCAUCGUGUACUUAAAGAUUUAGUUGAUGAGUUAUCCCUGUUUUGAGCUAUUGCUGCAAAAGACAUUUGAAAGUCUAAAUGAUUUAUUGAUUUAUUUAUCUAUUUGUACGUGUAAUUCAGGAGAAGGAAGUGAGGAAGACUGAUUCAUAGUUUUAUUAGGUUCAUCUAUCUCUUUGCGAGACAGAAGGGUCGGGUAAGCUCCGAAUUCUUAUGCCUGCUGCUGCACAGUACAUUGGUUCAGCAGGCUUUCUUGGUUCCGCCUCGUAUCUUUAUUACACUGUACUUGGACGUUAGAGAAAAUCAGGGGUUUAGGAUCAGGAGGGAUUCUUCUGACUUGCAGUGUGGCAUGCUUGGCAGACUCAGAAAUAUCAGGUAUUGGGCAUCGACCUGUGAACAGGCUGAGGAUAACUGAUAACAAGGUAGGCUUGCUAUGGAUCCUAACCCCAACAAUAAGUGCUGUACAGGGGGCUGCAGUCUUCUAAAUAUAUCUGGGUUCAAAGCAUUCCUGCCUUUAUGCAGAUUCCUAAGUGCUUUGCUCUGCUUAUGCAAUGAGGCAAGGUGCUAUUCUGGUCCUGGGUUCCUUAUGCUUUGUUGCCAGAAUUCCUAGUUCACUUUGGACAAAAGACCACCAGCUGCUUCAGGAUGAGUGGAGAAGAAAGGAGUAGAGUCCAAUUUACUGAUUGCAGUGGGUAUUGAAAAUAGUACCAGCAGCUGUGUAUGCAUUUAGGGUUAGAGGCCUCUUGAGAACAUAUUUGCUGCAAGUUAACGUGUCUCUCCUAGCAAAGAGUAAAUCAUAUGUUUCUGUCUUGGAGUGAGAGAAUAGAACACUGAUAAUCAAAAUUUCUGAAGGAAAGAAUAUGUUAACACAUGCUCAUAGGAUUUGGAGACUGUUUCCAUAGGACAGUAUAUGCUCAGUGCUUUCUGUUUGUGAAUUAGCCUAGCUCUGUGGGCUGCAAAGGCUUCUGAGAAACACUAAUUUAAUUGAGCUCUGAUAUAAGCAGGCUUCUUUUGUGUGACCUCACUUGUCCAAGCUGGAGUUUUUUACCUGAUGCACUUUCCCUGAAGGACAGGCUUUCCUGUUCGUUGUCAAGAUUAGAGUGGUAAAUUUUUUAUCCAGCGUGAAUCUUGGAACGGGAGAUGGCUUUGUUGUCUUCCCUCCAGGAUUAGGAAGUAAAAUAUCAGGUGCUGUUUGUGUAACUGUAGUUGGAGUAGUCCAAUUUCCUGGGCCAGGCAUCUCUGCAGCUGCUUGCUCUUUGCUGAUCCGUGGAAGGUUCUCUCUUCUCUGCUUGCCGUGCAUCAGGAAAAUUCCAAAGGCUGCUGGUUUCCCUUCAAGUCUUAGCCUGUCUUAGCAUCUCUUUCCCAGUUGAUCAAGGAAGUCGGGAAGCCUCUUACUACCAGAUGAAGCACAAAGCAGCAUGUCUGACAACUGUCUGGGACCAAACCCUGAACACAAGCUUAUGCUCUAAGGCAGAUAAAGAAGUGAAAGGUGUGGGGGUGUAUGCUGUUGUAAAGGCACCUGGAGGAGUCUGGAGCAAUGCCACCACCUUCGGACAUUGUGAAAGUAGCUGUUGAGUGGCCAGGUGCCAAUGCCCAGCUGCUGGAAAUAGAUCAGAAAAGGCCUCUUGCAUCCAUCAUCAAGGAGGUCUGUGAUGGGUGGUCAUUGCCAAACCCCGAAUACUACACCUUGCGGUAUGCUGAUGGUCCUCAGCUGUACAUCACAGAGCAGACUCGUUGUGACAUCAAGAAUGGAACUAUCCUACAGCUGGCAGUCUCCCCGUCUAGGGCGGCUCGCCAGUUGAUGGAGAGGAUCCAGUCGCACAGUAUGGAAGCCCGACUGGAUGCCAUGAAGGAACUGGCUAAACUUUCAGCAGAUGUGACCUUUGCCACAGAGUUCAUCAACAUGGAAGGGAUUACAGUGCUGACACGGCUUGUGGAGAGCGGGACCAAGCUUCUGUCACAUUACAGUGAGAUGUUGGCUUUCACCCUGACUGCCUUCUUGGAGCUCAUGGACCAUGGUAUUGUCUCUUGGGACAUGGUCUCAAUAACCUUCAUCAAACAGAUCGCAGGGUAUGUGAGUCAGCCUAUGGUAGAUGUCUCCAUCCUCCAGCGAUCCCUAGCCAUUCUAGAAAGCAUGGUGCUAAACAGUCAGACUCUGUAUCAGAAGAUAGCGGAAGAGAUCACCGUGGGGCAGCUCAUUUCUCAUCUGCAAGUCUCAAACCAAGAGAUUCAGACAUAUGCCAUUGCCCUGAUCAAUGCCCUCUUCCUGAAGGCACCUGAGGACAAGAGACAGGACAAGCUGCUUAACCCACUAGACCUGCCCAUCACUGAAAUGGCUAAUGCAUUUGCCCAGAAGCACCUGAGGUCUAUAAUCCUGAAUCACGUGAUCAGAGGAAACCGCCCAAUUAAAACAGAAAUGGCACAUCAGCUGUACGUGCUGCAGGUCCUGACCUUUAAUCUCCUGGAAGAGAGAAUGAUGACCAAGAUGGAUCCCAAUGAUCAGGCACAGAGAGACAUCAUAUUUGAAUUGAGAAGAAUUGCAUUUGAUGCAGAGUCUGACAGCAACACCAUCCCUGGCAGUGGAACAGAAAAACGCAAAGCCAUGUACACCAAGGACUACAAGAUGCUGGGAUUCACUAAUCACAUCAAUCCUGCCAUGGAUUUUACUCAGACUCCUCCAGGGAUGCUGGCAUUGGACAGCAUGCUCUACUUGGCCAAAUUUCAUCAGGACACCUAUAUCAGGAUUGUUCUGGAGAACAGCAGUCGAGAAGAUAAGCAUGAGUGUCCCUUCGGGCGCAGUGCCAUUGAGCUUACCAGGAUGCUUUGUGAGAUCCUGCAAGUUGGGGAACUCCCCAAUGAAGGCCGGAAUGACUACCACCCCAUGUUUUUUACCCAUGACCGUGCAUUUGAGGAGCUAUUUGCCAUCUGCAUCCAGCUGUUGAACAAGACCUGGAAAGAAAUGAGGGCGACAGCAGAAGAUUUUAAUAAGGUUAUGCAGGUUGUGAGGGAACAGAUCACACGGGCUCUCCCCUCUAAACCAAACUCCUUGGACCAGUUCAAGAGCAAACUGCGCAGCCUGAGCUAUUCUGAGAUUCUGCGACUCCGCCAGUCUGAGAGAAUGAGCCAAGACGACUUCCAGUCACCACCUAUUGUGGAGCUGAGAGAAAAAAUCCAGCCUGAGAUCUUGGAGCUGAUAAAGCAACAGCGCCUGAACAGGCUUUGUGAAGGAAGCAGCUUUCGAAAAAUUGGAAAUCGCAGAAGACAGGAAAGAUUUUGGUAUUGUCGCCUGGCUCUGAAUCACAAGGUGCUACACUAUGGAGAUCUGGAAGAUAAUGCCCAGGGGGAAGUGACCUUUGAAUCUCUACAGGAAAAAAUUCCAGUUGCAGACAUCAAAGCCAUUGUCACAGGGAAGGAUUGUCCACAUAUGAAGGAGAAAAGUGCACUGAAACAGAACAAGGAAGUGUUAGAAUUGGCCUUCUCGAUAUUAUACGAUCCUGAUGAGACCUUGAACUUCAUUGCACCUAAUAAAUAUGAGUACUGUAUCUGGAUUGAUGGGCUUAACGCUCUCUUGGGGAAGGACAUGUCCAGCGAGCUGACUAAAAGCGACCUGGACACGUUGCUGAGCAUGGAAAUGAAGCUGAGGCUCCUGGACUUGGAGAACAUCCAGAUCCCCGAGGCGCCGCCGCCCAUCCCCAAGGAGCCGAGCAGCUACGACUUCGUGUACCACUACGGCUGACGGGGCUGCGCUGUACGGGCCGCUGCAGGCAGCCCCGGGCCGCGACUGCCGCUCGUUCCUCGGCGGGAGCACCCGUCCGAGCGCGCCCUGCCGCGCGGCCGUCCCGCGCCCGCUGCUCGUGCCACUGCCGGGGGCGGGGCGGGGCCGGGCGCCGCCCGCCUUUUGUAUGCGUUACAAUAAUAACCAAUAGCCGCC